AUGAACCAGAUGAAUGUCGCUGGAAUGAACCCAGGGGUUGGUGGCCCCGUCGGCGGUGUCCCGAUGAUGAACAACGGCUCCAUGGCUCCUCGUAAUGACGGCAACAUGAACAUGAAUAACCCCGAGAUCAUGAUCAACAACCUCAACACCUAUAUCUAUGACUACUUCUUGAAACGUGGCUACCAUGAGUGUGCCCGUGCUCUGGUUCAGGAUGAAUCGAUCAAAUUGAACACAGACGCUGGCAAAACCAGCCCCGGCAGCCGACGUGACGGUGAUGUAAAUGGCAUCGAUGGCGAUGCCAUGAUGACUGACGGCAAGGAUGGCGAGAAGAUCAAAAUCCCAGACGAUCUUCCCCGACCAAGCCUACCCAAUGAGAGCCUGCAGUCCUCAUUCCUCCUGGAUUGGUUCAGUCUCUUCUGGGACUUCUUCUGGGCCCAGCGCAAGAAGGGCAACAGCAAUGACGUGAGGCAAUAUCUCCAACAUAAUCAGAACAUGAUGCGUCUCCGAGAGCAGCAACAUAACCAGCUCCUCCGACAACAGCCAAUGAUGCCUGGCCAAAUGCCGCUGAACAUGCGUCGCAACAUGGUACCCCCUAACCUGCAGAAGACCGCUAUGCAGAAUAUGCAGAACACCUCCGGCCUAUCGCAACAGCAACUUGCCGCGCAGUUCCAGAAGAACCAGCAGAUGCAGAUGAUGCAAGCGAUGCAACGGGAACAGUCCGAAAUGGACAUUAACGGGAAUCGCCCGCAGUCUCCUGCCUCCACCGACAACGCCCCCUCGCCAUCGAAACGCCCUCGCCUCGAAGGUGCUGCUGUGAAUGGUCAGCAAUUGGCACCGAAUGGACGUGGCCAGGGCCAGGGUCAGGCACAAGGACAAGGAAUGCAAGGACAGCCCAACCCCCAGGCGCUGAUGAUGCAGAACGGAAUGCCACGGGGUAUGAACCCGGCACAGUUCCAGCAGUUCCAGCAGGGGCCGGCUGCCCAGCAAAAAACUAUGCAGGUAUAUGCCCAAAACUUGGCCCUUCAUCACUCUCGCUCAGCACUGAAUUUCCAGGGUAUUCCGAAUGGUGGUAUGAUGAAUCCCGGUGUGAUGCCGAACCAGGCGGAUCUGGUGCCGAUGCCGGAUGGACAAGGAAUGUACCAAAUGGGUGCAGAGUACUACAGCUCCAACGGACAAAUGGCCCAGGUUCGACCAGGCAUGCAGACACCUGGCGGUCAGCACGGCAACCAUGCUCUCCAGGAUUAUCAGAUGCAGCUCAUGCUGCUUGAACAGCAGAACAAGCGCCGCCUGAUGAUGGCUCGUCAAGAGCAGGACAGUAUGGCCCGUACUGACGGCCAGCCCCCAAUGCCAGGACAGGCAGGAUUGCCCCCAGGCACUUCUCCUCAGGGCAGCAGGGCGGGUGCGUCACCGAACCCCAGCGACCAAAUGAAGCGCGGUACGCCCAAGAUGCCGCCCACUGGCCUCCCCGGCUCACCUAGCGCCGGUGACAUGAACCAGAACCGUGGCUCCCCAGGCUCGAUGAACCUCAACGGGCAAAUGCUGCCAGAAAUGGCAGCUCAAUUCUUCCCCGGACCGGGUGGUCCUAACAUGCGACCCCCAGCUCCAACCCGUCCUUCAGCGGCCCGGCGAUGGGCCAACCCAUCCCUGCCAAUGCUGGCAAUCCAUUCUCCUGCCACUCAGCCCCAGGCCGGGACCCCUCAGGAUCGAGGCAACAUGCCUCCACCUCAGGCGCCACCGGCUGGCGCCAAUGCGGGCCGCACUCAGCCACCAUCUCCUCAGACUGGUGGCAAUGCGCCUCCGACCCCCCAGCAGGCAUCCAAGCCUGCGCCUAAAGGUAAGAAGGACAAGGCUGAUGGAGGUCGCAAGCGACCCACCAAGAAGAACGCUGCGGCAGCCAACACCGCUGCCGGCGCCACUCCAUCUACUGAUGCCAAUGAGCCUACGCCAACUCCCUCCACACCCGUCACCCCCCAGCAUCCUCAGUCCUUCACCAAGGGCGGAGCGAAUGCCUCUGCUGCUGCGCCGCCGCAGCCGACCUCGGCCCCUGCUGCCCAAGCAAUGGUCCAGCCUACUCCGGACCCGAGUCAACAGACUUUUGGUGAUCUUGCCAUCCCUGAUGCCUCUGCUUUCAGCCUGGACUUCAGUACUCUGGACAACCCUGAUAUCCUGGAAAGCUUUGACUUUGACACAUUCUUGAAUACCGACGGAGACGCAACUGGCUUCGGCUUUGAUCCCAGCAUGGGAUACUCGAACGACGGUGUUGAGACCGGGGCCACGGAAGGCCUGUGA